AGCAUAGCUCUGCAUGAUGAAGCUGUCUCCAUUGUGCAUUGUUGAUCUGAAGCUACUAUCAUUAGCUGUGUUAGUUGCUGCCAUUCUAAUAGACGAAUUGGAUGCUGCCAGAAAUAAUAAAUCUGAUGCAAAUGCUAACAAGGAUUUGUAUGGGAUUUUGGGAGUUGCUAAGAGUGCCACAGAUAAGGAAAUCAAGAAGGCAUAUCGCAAGCUGGCCAUGAAAUAUCACCCUGAUAAGGUCGCCCCAGAAGAAGCCAAAGAAGCCGAGGCAAAGUUCGUGGAAAUCAACAAAGCCUAUGAGAUACUCGGGGACAAAGAGAAACGAGCUCAAUAUGACAAGUAUGGCGAGCAGGCUUUCGACGGAACUGGGCAGGCCAAACACCAGGGUGGAGGGUUUGGAGGAUUCGGGGGCUUCGAGUUCCAUUCUUCGGAUUUCUUCGACAGUUUCUUCGAAGACCAUUUCCGAAGUCACAAUUUCAACCACGCCAAGCAUCAAGAACAGCAUCGAAAGCAGCACAAUCACCAUCACUCGGCGGGUUUUGCAGGUGGUGACCCGUUUGACGGGUUCUUUGACGGGUUCGGAGACUCGAUGGGAGGCUUUGAGUCGUUCAGCUUCUCGUCUGGCGGAGGAGGAAUGGGACAAAAUUGUAAAACUGAAACUAUAAUAAGAGGAAAUUCUAGAAGUACUACAACUGUAUGCAGUUAGAGAUACAAUCUGUAGCUGAAGUGCCGAAAAACUUGCUGAAAGUAUAGAUUAAUUUAGAUGUUGUGCUAAAAUUGUGCUUUCGUUUUAUGUAAAUGCGAUCAUUUAUUUAUGAUAGAUAGUCUUCAAAAUUAUAUAUUUGGACAAUGGGAAAACUUUCUAAAUUGCUGAAAUUGUUUCGGUCAUUUGAAACUUUUAAUAUUUAUAUAGAAAUGUACUAUUGAAUGUAAUAAAAAAUUUUGAUCUGUACAUUGCUUACCCUAUUUGUUUCCGUUGAGGUUAUUUUAAUUUAUUUAUGUUUUUUUCUU